CCUCCAUUCCCCGCGCCGAGGAUCGGCUGGGGCCGCCGCCAGGCAAGUUCGCCCCCGAGAGCGGUGGUGCCGCGGGCCGAGAUGCUCCUCCGGGACUUGGUGCUGCGCCGGGGCUGCUGCUGGCCUUCACUGCUGCUGCACUGCGCGCUCCACCCUCUCUGGGGCUUCGUGCAGGUGACGCAUGGUGAGCCCCAGAAGUCCUGCUCCAAGGUGACCGACAGCUGUCAACACAUCUGCCAGUGCCGCCCCCCUCCCUUGCUGCCCCCACCACCCCCGCCCCCACCACCUCCCCGACUCCUCUCCGCCCCAGCCCCCAACUCUACCUCGUGCCCCGCUGAGGAAAGCUGGCGGUCGGGGCUGGUGAUCAUCAUUGCGGUAUGUUGUGCCUCCCUGGUGUUUCUCACUGUGCUUGUCAUCAUUUGCUACAAAGCCAUCAAAAGGAAACCACUGAGAAAAGAGGAGAACGGCACCAGUGUUGCUGAGUAUCCCAUGACCUCCUCACAGAGCAACAAAGGGGUGGACGUGAACAGCGCCGUGGUGUGAGUCUGCAGAGCCCGGACCCACUGGCCAGAGGGGUACCUUGGUGGCAUUAGAGGACCCGGGAAAGCAGGUGGACCCGAGCUGACACUGGGCUUGUCCAGGACUUCCGAAGGAGAAACCAACCUCUUCCCAGCCUUGCCCCUGGUCAGCUCGCAGGCAGGGCAGCACAGACACCAGGCUGAGCCAGGCUCCCCUGCACGCAGCUCCCAGGGGCAGCGCCGC